UUGAGGUUUGAAAACCGGCAAAAGCACUAUAUUGCUGCUAUUCGAGUCUUUAGCUGUGGGAUAUUAUGUAUAUUUUUAAAGCCGGGACUAGGAUAGCUUAAAGUAUAGCUUAGGUAGCACAUGUGCAUUGAGUGAAUAGAAUUAUCAAUAUACAAAUGAGUUUCCAUAAAUUUGUUCGCAUCUAUUUGUGGAUAUUAUUAUUCAUAUCGGUUCUGUUUGUAGCGCGUAAUUUGUCGACUUACUACCUCAGCGUACUUGGUCACACUGAUCCCAAAUCAAAAGAUAGAAGAAGACCAGACAAGUGUUAACAAGCCACCCCACCCACUCUUGCAAAAUGGUUUGCGUGCCCUGUUUCAUCAUCCCGCUGCUGCUGUACAUCUGGCACAAGUUCGUACAGCCAAUUCUGCUGCGCUACUGGAAUCCGUGGGAGAAAAAGGAUGCACAGGGCAAUGUGAUCAAGGCCGGGCCGGAAUUCCCCUUCGAAUGCAAGGGUGGCGUCUGCCCAUUUGUGCCCGGUGGCAGCAAGGAGAAGAACCCACCAGCUGCCGAGGACGCCACCUCUGCCGCCGAGGAACUGACUGCAACUGAAUCCAUCUCUGCCGACGGCCCUGACGCUUCCGAUACACCAAAACAAACGUCAAUUAUUUCGGGGAUAAGUGCCGAGUCCAAGAAACUUAACUAAAUUUCUGUAGAAUUUAGAUUCUUUUUUUUUCGCAUUUUUUUUGUGUUCUAUUUUGUGCGUGUGUGUGUGCGUGUGUGUGUGAAUUACACGACGAACAUAUGACUACACUGGUGGCACAAUUAAUGCGCACAGUGGGCAUUCCAGACAUUGUCCCAGGCAGACAAUUUUACACCCUACACAAAACAAUUUACGCUUAACGAAAACUCUUAAUCCAACAAAACACAUACUGUGCGGCUAUGUACACACACAUAUAUAUAUAUAAUCAUCCAUAAAAUAAACCCAAGAGUGUGAGUGAUAUAAA